AGUGAUGGUUGACACAUUAAGUGUCGGGUGAACAAUCGCUGUUGUCUGGGGCAGGGUGGGCAUUGCAACUUUCCCUGUCGCAGAGUGCACUUGACUGACAUACAAACCAAAUCCCAGUCAAGAUGAAGACAAUCAUGCUAGUUGCAUUCCUGGUGGGCGUGGUCAUCGCUGAUGAGAAAUACACCAGUGAGAAUGACAACUUCGACGUCGAAGCACUGGUGAACAACACAGAAGAGCUGCAGAAAUUCUCUGGCUGCUUCUUGGACAAGAACGACUGUGAUGCGGUGUCUGGGGACUUUAAGAAGGACAUACCAGAAGCCUUCCAGCAGGCCUGUGCCAAAUGCACCGAUGCGCAGAAGCAUCUAUUCAAGAGAUUCCUCGACGGUCUGAAGGAGAAACUGCCCCAGGAUUUUGAAGCCUUCAAAAAGAAGUAUGACCCUGAAGACAAACUCUUCACCGCUUUGGAUAAGGCCAUCAAUGCUUAGGAAUUACUAGAUAAUGAUAUUUUAUUGGUUGUGAAAUUAAGACUUUGAUGAGUGCUCAAUUUAUGUAACUUUAUUUAACUUUGUAUCGAAUCUGGUUACCAAUUACAGAAAUGUCUAAAUUAAUGUUAUA